AUGGGUAUCAAGACCGUUGCUGUCUAUUCAACCGCCGACAAGGAUUCACUGCACGUCAAAUAUGCAGAUGAAGCCUACUGUAUCGGACCACCCGCUUCAACGGAAAGCUAUCUCAGACCCCCGAACAUCAUUACCGUCGCUGAGUUGACGGACACCGAUGCCAUCCAUCCCGGCGCAGGGUUUUUAUCCGAGGAUGCACAAUUUGCCGAAAUCUGCGAAGCCCAUGAGGUCACCUUCAUCGGUCCGACGGCAGAAAACUUGAGAACAAUGGGCGACAAGGCGGAAGCACGGGAAACAAUGUCGAAAGCGGGGCUUAGGUUGGUGCCGGGAAGCGGCAGCAUCCGUCGGCGGCUUCGGCGGAAUGUCAGAAAAGGUUUGGUGGAAAACGCUGAGGAAGCGGUCGAAAUCGCAGAAAAAAUUGGCUAUCCGGUAGGCAUCAAAGCGGUCGCUGGCGGCGGUGGACGUGGCAUCCGAAUCGCGUAUGACAGCACCAGUUUGAUGGACUUCUUCCACACGGUCAAAGCAGAGGCACAGUCUGCGUUUGGCAGCACCGAAGUUUACGUUGAAAAGUGGAUUGAAAAUGCCCGCCACAUUGAAGUCCAGAUUUUGGGGGACAAUCACGGGAACGUCAUCCAUCUCGGUGAACGGGAAUGUUCCAUCCAACACAAGCAUCAAAAGUAG